AUGAGCUCAGCCAGCCCAAAUUUCCUGGGCACGGCAGCCAGCGAGCACUCGCCCAAGUUUGCGCUGGACAAGGACUUUGUUGCAUCAUACCGCAGCGUGGCGCCGCCCUUUGGGUUCAACGGGCUGGGCGAGAUCGUCUACCGGCGCACAUACUCGCGGCUGAAGGCCGACAGCACGCGCGAGAAGUGGUUUGAGACCAUCGAGCGCGUGGUCAACGGGACAUUCCAUCUGCAGCAAAAGUGGCUGGCCCAGAACAACCUGCCCUUUGACGCAGCCAAGGCGCAAAGGCAGGCGCAGACCAUGUACGACAAGAUCUUCUACAUGAAGUUCCUGCCGCCUGGCCGCGGCCUGUGGGCCAUGGGCAGUCCAUUGACCGAAGAGCGCCAGCUGUACGCGGCCCUCAACAACUGCGCAUUUGUCAGCACGGGCCGCAUGUGGGAGGGCGAACACACGGCUGCGCGGCCCUUCGCAUUCCUGAUGGACGCGGCCAUGCUUGGUGUAGGUGUUGGCUUUGACACCAAGGGCUCGGUGGCGGCCCGGGAGCAGAACAUCUUGGUGGGAGCCCCCUCGACCCGUCCGCAGUCGACAUUUGUCAUCCCCGACUCGCGCGAGGGCUGGGUCGAGUCCGUCGGCCUGCUGAUCGACAGCUACCUGGAUCCAAAGUCAACCGAUCAGUUUGACUUCGACUACAGCCAAAUCCGCCCCGCCGGCCUGCCAAUCAAGGGCUUCGGCGGCGUGACCAGCGGCCCCGAGCCUCUGCACGAGCUGCACGAUGCGAUCCGCCAGACGCUGGGCCGCAACUCGGGCAACCCGCUGUCGGUCAGCUCAAUCGUCGAUCUGAUGAACCUGAUUGGCAAGUGCGUGGUGUCGGGCAACGUGCGGCGCACCGCCGAGAUUGCCUUUGGCGACCCGGCCGACGCCGAGUACAUUGAUCUGAAGAACUACGAAGUCAACCCGCACCGUGCGGCCUACGGCUGGACUAGCAACAACUCGGUGUUUGCGACUAUGGGUAUGGACUACUCGGACAUCUGCAAGCGCGUGCAGCUGAACGGCGAGCCUGGGUUCCAGUGGAUGGAGAACGCGCGCAGGUAUGCGCGCAUGGGCGAGGAAACCGACAGGGACUCGCGUAUCGAGGGCGCCAACCCGUGCAACGAGCAGUGUCUCGAAUCGUACGAGCUGUGCUGCUUAGUCGAGACGUUCCCGGACAACCAUGCAACGCUGGCCGAGUACCUUGACACCCUAGAGAGCGCCUUUCUGUACGCCAAGACCGUGACCCUGGCGCCGACGCACUGGCGCGAGACCAACCGCGUGAUGCUGCGCAACCGCCGCGUCGGUACCAGCAUUUCGGGCGUGGCGCAGUUUGUCACCCGUCGCGGGAUCGACCAGCUGCGCGUCUGGCUGGACGCCGCAUACCAGCGCAUCCAGCAGAUCGACACGCAGGUGUCGGAGCUGUUUUGCGUGCCGACCUCGGUCAAGACCACGUCGGUCAAGCCCUCGGGCACCGUGUCUCUUUUGGCCGGCGCUACGCCCGGCAUGCACUACCCCGAGUCGCGCUUCUGCAUCCGCCGCGUGCGCAUCUCCAAGCUGUCCGACCUUCUGCCAGCGCUCGAGGCUGCCGGCUACUACAUGGAGGACGAUGUGGUUGACCAGUCGUCGAUGGUUGUCGAAAUCCCGAUCGACCACGGGGAAGGCAUCCGCGGCCUCGAAGCCGUGUCGAUGUGGGAGCAGCUAGCCUUGGCUGCCUUCCUUCAGAAGCACUGGUCGGACAACCAGGUGUCGUCCACCAUCACCUUUGACCCAGAGCGCGAGGGGCCGAUACUCAAAUAUGCCCUGGAUUACUACCAGUACCAGCUCAAGGGCAUUAGCUUCCUGCCGCGCCUCGACUACGGUGCCUUCCCACAGAUGCCCUACGAGGCCAUCGACGAGGAGAAAUACAGAGAGAUGAUCAAGCGCAUCAAGAAUGUCGGCCUGCAUAUGGUUGAGGACACGGACCAGAACGAGCCCGAGGCUGAGCGCUACUGCAGCAACGACAGCUGCACUCUCUAA